CCUGCGACACCGUUUCCGGAACUCAAACAUGAAGCGACUCGUCUUACGAUAACGAGCGAGCGGUCUUACUCCAGUUUUAGCAGUGAGGAGAAAUGGGUCAUCGUAUCUCUUGGAGCGUUGGCGAGUUUGUUCUCACCCAUAUCAACCAACAUAUACGUCCCAGCUAUCCCCACGCUGGUUGAAGAAUUUCAGGUUUCGUCUGAAAAGAUCAGUUUGACGGUCACCAUCUUCCUGAUCUUCCAAGCUGUCACGCCUGCAUUUUGGGGCACAGCUGCCGAUUCGUUCGGCCGUCGCCCCGUUUACUUCAUCACUCUAUUGAUAUUUACUCUUGCCUGCGUUGGUACGGCUCUAUGUCCAACGAGGGAUUAUUGGCUUUUGAUGCUCAUGCGAAUCCUUCAAGCCACUGGCGGGUCUGCUACAGUCGCCAUCGGUACCGGUGUCAUUUCAGACGUUUCUAUGCCUCAAGAACGAGGCAAGUACAUUGGAGUGUAUAAUUUUGCCGGAACGUUCAGCAUGGCCCUGGGUCCUGUACUCGGUGGGGUCUUCUCGGGCACUUUAGGUUGGAGGAGUAUCUUCUGGUUCCUUGUUAUUUCAUGCUCUGUUGUUCUUGUCCCUCUCAUCCUCUUCUUACCUGAGACAUUACGGUCGUUAGUCGGAGAUGGGUCAAUACCUCCCCCUCUGAUCAAUUGCACACCGGCUCAACUUAUCAAACGAAAACGACAUUUGAGAGAUAUGCACGAAAGAGGAGAAGCUGUAGUAGAUCUGACACGUCAUCGAUUCAAACCAUGGGUCCCAUUCACCCUGUUAUUCCAACCUGUGGUAUUGUUGCUCUUCGCUUGGACUUCACUCUAUUAUGCAGAAUGGUAUGCCGUUCUGACCGUCUUCUCCACCAUCCUCGAGGACGUCUACGGAUUGAACGACAUCCAAAUUGGUCUUUGUUACAUUGCAAAUGGUGUGGGUGUAGGCGCCUCUGCCUUUGUCUGCGGAAGAGUCAUGGAUCGCAUCUACCGCAAAGAGAAAGCACGAGUAGGCGGUGAUCAUCGAAUGAAACCUGAGGAAUUCCGUCUGGAGCAAAUCCGGUUUAGAAUGUACCCCUAUCAAAUCGCUCUAUUCAUCAUCAGUUGUAUCUCGUUCGGAUGGACCAUAGCUGCUCAUACCCAUAUCGCCGCGCCGAUCAUCUUCACCUUCUGUAUCGGGACGGGAGUCAGUCUGAUGACGACCACUACCAUUUACAACCUAGACAUCUUUGGCGAUCAAGGAGGAGCCAUCACUGCCAGUUUCAAUCUUCUCCGUUGUCUCAUGGGCGCAGGCGCUUCUGCGGUGGUGCAGCUCAUCAACAAUUCAGUCGGAUCCGGAUGGACAUUUGUCAUCUUAUCUGGUGUAUGUCUCGCAGGGUCCCCAUUACCAAUCAUCGCGUAUAAAAACGGUCCCAAGUGGAGACGGAGAAUGCGAGAGAAAGCAAAGGAGGAGAAAGAGAAGCGACGUGUGGGUGACAAGGAAAAGGCGAAA